CCGCGCUGCCUCCUCCUCUCCGUGGCACGGCAGCGGAGGGCGCUGCUCAGAGGGGCCGGCUGCGCCCCUUCCCCUUCAGAGCCGAGCCCCCCCCUCCUCCCGCACGCGCGCGCCGGGGACCCCCCCCCUGUUCUCCGACGCCGGAGCGAGCCUGAGGCGCGGGGGAGCAGCAGGGGGAUUGUCUCGGCUCGGAGCUCCCAUGAGCUCUUAGCCUCCCAUCCCCGGUCCCCGGCAGCAGCAGGCUCCAGGUGCACAGUGCAGACAAGAGCAGGGGACCCGGCCGGCUGCAAUGGCGUCCAACAUGGACAGAGAAAUGAUCCUGGCAGAUUUUCAGGCAUGUACCGGUAUUGAAAAUAUUGAUGAAGCUAUUACGUUACUUGAACAAAAUAACUGGGAUUUAGUGGCAGCUAUAAAUGGUGUAAUACCACAAGAAAACGGCAUCCUACAAAGUGAAUAUGGUGGAGAGACUUUGCAAGGACCAGCCUAUGGUCCCACAAGUCAUCCUACAGCAUCUUCUUCAACUCCUUCCUCAUCCUCAGCGUUUCGACAUGUAGUGCCAUCCCGACAAAUAGUGGAAAGACAGCCACGGAUGCUCGACUUCAGGGUUGAAUACAGAGACAGAAAUGUGGAUGUAGUACUUGAAGACGGCUGCACAGUUGGAGAGAUCAAACACAUUUUAGAAAAUGAACUUCAGAUUCCUGUAUCAAAAAUGUUGUUAAAAGGCUGGAAGACUGGAGACGUAGAUGAUAGUACUGUUUUAAAAACUCUACACUUACCAAAAAAUAACAGUCUUUAUGUUCUAACACCUGAUCUUCCACCACCUUCUUCAAGUAAUUCUGGUGCCCUGCAGGAGUCAUUAAAUCAAAACUUCAUGCUGAUCAUCACCCAUCGAGAAGUCCAGCGGGAGUACAACCUCAACUUCUCAGGAAGCAGUACCAUUCAGGAGGUAAAGCGGAAUGUGUAUGACCUAACUAGUAUCCCUGUUCGUCACCAAUUGUGGGAAGGCUGGCCUCCUUCUGCCACGGAUGACUCAAUGACUCUAGCUGCAUCGGGGCUCACUUAUCCUUGCCAUCGACUUACCGUAGGAAGAAGAUCUUCACCUGCACAAACCAGAGAACAGCCAGAGGAGAUGGAGGCAGGUCAACGAAAGACUGGAUCCAUCGACCCAGCUACCAUCAUUCAGCAAUGCACUGAUGUUCAUAUGGUGAGUGACAGCGAUGGAGAUGACUUUGAAGAUGCUACAGAGUUUGGAGUGGAUGAUGGAGAGAUGUUUGGUAUGGCAUCAUCGGCCUUGAGGAAAUCUCCAAUGAUGCCAGAAAAUGCUGAAAAUGAAGGAGAUGCCUUAUUACAAUUUACGGCAGAAUUUUCCUCAAGAUAUGGUGACUGCCAUCCUGUUUAUUUUAUUGGAUCACUAGAGGCUGCUUUUCAAGAAGCCUUCUAUGGGAAAGCCAGAGAUAGAAAGCUUCUUGCUAUCUACCUCCACCAUGAUGAAAGCGUACUAACCAAUGUGUUCUGCUCACAAAUGCUUUGUGCCGAAUCUAUUGUUUCAUAUCUGAGUCAGAACUUCAUAACCUGGGCAUGGGAUAUGACAAAAGAAGCGAACCGAGCAAGGUUUCUGACAAUGUGCACUAGACACUUUGGAAGUGUUGUAGCCCAAACAAUUCGAACUCAGAAGACGGAUCAGUUUCCACUUUUCCUUAUUAUUAUGGGAAAACGAUCAUCUAAUGAGGUGUUGAAUGUAAUACAAGGUAACACAACAGUGGAUGAGCUAAUGAUGAGACUGAUGGCUGCAAUGGAGAUCUUCAGUGCUCAGCAGCAAGAAGACAUAAAGGAUGAGGAUGAGCGUGAGGCCAGAGAGAAUGUGAAGAGAGAACAGGACGAAGCUUACCGCAUUUCACUAGAAGCUGAUAGAGCAAAGAGGGAAGCACAAGAGAGAGAACAAGCAGAGCAGUUCCGUUUGGAGCAGAUUCGAAAAGAACAGGAGGAAGAACGUGAGGCUAUCAGGCUAUCUCUAGAGCAGUCUUUGCCUCCAGAGCCAAAAAAAGAGAGCACUGAGUCAGUCAGCAAACUGCGUAUCCGAACACCCAGCGGAGAGUUCUUUGAGCGGCGUUUCUUGGCCAGCAGUAAGCUGCAGGUUGUCUUUGAUUUUGUAGCUUCCAAGGGAUACCCUUGGGAAGAGUUCAAGCUGCUGGGCACCUUUCCAAGGAGAGAUGUGACGCAGUUGGAUCCAAAUAAAUCAUUACUGGAGGUAAAACUGUAUCCUCAAGAAACCCUUUUCCUAGAGGCAAAAGAAUAGAUCAAAACAGAUUGCAGGACUCGUAAUCCUUUGGUAAGACAGAGGCACAGCAUUGGGAGAAAAGCUUCUAGCAAAAACACCUUCUACUAUCAUCCAAUUCAAUGCAGUGUCACAACUCUGCCUCUUGCAAGAAUCCUGAAAAAAGAAUAAACCUAGCUACUUAAAGUUUCACAUACAUGAGUAUACGUUUCCAACCUCGUUUAAAUGAGCAGAGGAUAAUAUUCUGUUAUGAACACUGAACAUUACAAUUCUGUUGCUCACUUCUCAUCUGGCUUUUGUUAUAAUUAAUGCACUGUUAAAAUGUGAGUGAUUGUUAAGUAGAAUUUUUACUCCUCAAAUGCCCCUUUUUCACCAAGAAAUCUUGGACAUUUCUGCCUGUUCUUUUGACACUAGAAUGCUGUAUAUUUGAUAUCUCGCUGAGCCAGCGCCCUCAUAUAUAUGCAUUUUACUCUGUGUUUGAAUUUCUACUUUGCCACCUAAUUUGAAAAGGCAGAAAAAAUUAAAUGGGACAUUCUCAGACAUGGAAAUUUAACAGUAUUAUAGUAGAAAGCAUAUAAUUUUUGUUGGUACUUUCUGACUUCUUUGAUAAGAUGUAAGGUUUUGUUUGAAGAAUAUAGUUUGACAUAUAUGCAAGAUAUUUAUUUACUGGUUCUGCUUUGGGUCUCGAUUCUAAUUCAGUUUAGGAAGUAUUUUCCAUUACAUUGCAGUGUGUGAAACUGCUUAUUGCAUGAUGUGAAUAUUUAAAUAAUGUUAGAAAUGGGCCAGUACCAGAAACCUGGUAUCUUGCCAACACUUCAGGAUUCAGCUGAUAUUGAAUAUCAGCUGUUAAAAAUCUUUCAAAUACCAGAUACAAAAGUUCUCCUAUUCCUCAUUGUGGAAGAAAUGGUAGUUCCCAUUUUUGCAUUUUUCCUUCUUUCUGGCACUUGUUUGUAUCCUAUUACUCUGCUGUUUUUAAAGCACCUUGUUUGUUUCACCAAAUGAUAAAUAUCUAAAGAGAUGGUGUAAUAAGAAAUCUGCCUUAUUAUUGUACACUUUUUUGACAUUUUAACAAGAGAUUACUGAUCCCGUCUCCAGAUUAACAAAUUCUAGUUCCAUUGUCUGAAACGUAGGCACCAACUAUCUAGUAUCUGAUAUGGACAAAAUUUGGUACCUUGUGUACCUAAACCAUAGAAUGAGCAUACUGAAGGUUCAGACCAUAACAUACACUUGAUGCCUAAACCUGCAUCAAAACACUUUUGAUCUGCUUUUUGUUUUAUUCCUGGGCUUACUGUAUAGUGCACAAGGGCACUACAGAAACAUCAGCUGCUAAUCAAACUACUUGGAAUAUUAUUUUUCACAUUUUGUUUAUACGUAACUCAUGUUCUUUCCCAUAGCAGAUCGAAUCCCAAUUUGAACAUUUUAUACUAAUCAGAAACUAACUGUAUACACCUUCAGUCUUUUUUUUCCCCUUUUGGAGGAAUGGAGAUAUAAAAUUAAUGUAUGACUAUUAUUAGGGUGUUAGUAAAGCUGAUAUAUUGUUACCUACUAAAAAAUGCAAACUUCAGAGUGGGGAAAGCCUUACUGUAUCUUUAUGAUAAUUCUGUAAUUAAUAAUGCACACAGAACAUACUUUUAGAAGUGAUGUAUUCAUGACAAGCUAAAGGUUUGGAUGUGUAAGCAAAUUUUAAUCAUCUGCAGUCCACGACACACACAAUAGCAGCCAAAUGAAAGGCAAAUGUAAAUGUAAUGGAGAGCUAAAUGCAGACACUUCACUCUAAACCUUUGUACUGCUUCACGAGAAAAGCAAAACAAAACAAAAACGGACACUACAUCUAUUAAAUCUAAAUUUAACACAGGUUGCAAACUGGGGUGACAUUGUUUGCACAAUCACAGUAACUUACACAGCAGACCUUUCAAAGUAAUGCUUUAGCUUCCCCCUUCUCCCCCGAUUAGCUCGUCAUUGUUAAAUUGGCUAUUAAAGAAAGGAGUUGCUGAAAUAUUGCUGCACGUAGCAGAGUGACCUUUCAGUUAACUUUUUAUAUUUAAUCUGUUCUGUUUAACUUUUGUUUGAUCUCAUCAUGCUGUUUUCUCUCACUCAACUUUAUUUCUGUAUUUUGACUAUAUAUUCUUUGAUACUAAUUUCAUAAAGUUAUUAAAUGUGGCUUGAAUAUUUGUUGAA